GCAUCCUACUAAUAGUCAGCGGUUUCUGUGAUCUCUCACUUCUGCUCUGUCUCUCUCUCUCUCUCUAUUAUAUAUAGACGUUUGAGACAUGUUGAGACACAAAUCUUGAAGAGAGAAACACAAGUUUUGGAAAGAUGGCACAAGCAAAUGAAGUCCAAAUUCCAAGGGUGAAACUGGGCAAUCAAGGCCUUGAGGUCUCAAAGUUGGGGUUUGGAUGUAUGGGACUGAGUGGAGCUUACAAUUCUCCUCUCUCUGAUGAGGAUGGAAUCUCAGUAAUAAAGUAUGCUUUCAGUAAGGGAAUCACUUUCUUUGAUACAGCCGACAUUUACGGGCCUCAUACUAAUGAAAUUCUGCUUGGGAAGGCCUUGAAACAAUUGCCAAGAGAGAAAAUUCAAAUAGCCACAAAAUUUGGCAUCGAAAGACUGGUAUUUACUGAUAUGGUCGUGAAUGGUAGUCCCGAAUAUGUUCGCUCAUGCUGUGAGGCUAGCUUGAAGCGCCUUGAUGUGGAAUAUAUUGAUCUGUAUUAUCAACACAGGGUAGACACAAAAGUACCUAUAGAAGAAACUAUUGGUGAACUUAAGAAACUAGUUGAAGAGGGAAAAGUCAAGUAUAUUGGUCUAUCUGAAGCCAGCCCUGACACAAUAAGGAGGGCACAUGCUAUACAUCCAAUCACAGCUCUACAAAUGGAGUGGUCUCUCUGGACACGUGAUAUUGAGGAAGAGAUCAUUCCACUUUGCAGGGAACUUGGAAUUGGAAUAGUUCCAUACAGUCCUCUUGGUCGUGGCUUUUUUGCUGGCAAAGGAGUUGUGGAAAGUUUGGCCACAGAUAGCAGCUUGGCCAAUCAUCCUCGGUUCCAAGGAAAGAAUUUGGACAAGAACAAGACCAUUUAUAGUCAGAUAGAAAGCCUUGCUAGAAUGCAUGAAUGCAAUCCUGCCCAGCUAGCAAUUGCAUGGGUUCUCCAACAAGGGGUUGAUGUUGUACCUAUACCUGAGUGACAGUGAAAAAUAAGUAGCUGAAGUUCUAUCCAAUGCUGUAAUGUUGGAAAAGCUGCAAAGUCCAUGUCCUCCAUUACCCUUCUUAUAAUUUUGUUAACAGAAUAUUUGUCUCAGUUAUACCCUCAUAGUUACUCUCUUCCACUGACAGGAAACUUUGAAUUACAUGGUUAGGAUGAAGAAUGCUAGGUCCAUUCAUUUGUAUUUACAACUUCUGGUUUUAUGCAAUAUCUUCUUCUCUUUCAUUAAGUACGUUAGAAUACUAAUUUGCAAGUUUCCAAUCAUAUUCAUUUAGUACGCAUACAGUAGCUUCAGAUUUAAGAACCCUUCGAAAAUAACUGU